UUUUUUUUUUUUUUUUUUUUUUUAGCAUGUUUGAGAAGUAUUGUGAACACUGUUGGAAACAACGGUUCUGAAACGAAGGUUGGGAAGCAUUUGAAAGUAAAGGCUCAAAUUCACACUCCAACUGGGGAUUCUGGAAUAUCUGAUCCGAUCGGUAUGUGGGUCAAUGUAUUGGUGGAUAAUAUAUAUAUUGCAGGGAUGCAAAUGUUAAAAAUUGAAAAAAUCACUCAUACAGAAUUUCAUUACCCCCAAGGACAUAUAAGGGACGCUGUUAGAGCCAUACCACCACCCACUGCAUUUGCUGAUGAUAUCACCACGCGUGGUAUUAAAAGGAAAGAGCCUGGGUCAGGAUCAGUAGUACAUAGUUCUGAAGAAUCAGAUGAAAUAUGUGUGAUACCCAACACCCCUGAGCGAAAACGUCAAAGACAAUCAUGGGAAUCGUCCCCGGAAAAUCGGGUGCCAAGCGUGGAUAAUGCAGAUAAUUGGGAUGAUGAGAUGCUGCAUGCAUGGACCAUUUCUGACUUUUCAGAGGCUUUACCAAUUGAGUCUCAAACAGUAAAGAGUGGUUCAGAGAACGUCGCUCAUGUGUCUGGUUCAGAACCGGAUUCGGAUUCGGAUGCACUACCUUCCAACCAAGAGGCCUUCAAGAAUGAGGGACAAUCCUGUGUAUGCCAGAGUAAGGAUGUGAUGCGGGGACAAUUUCUUGCUUUUAGAGAAGAGAAUGAACUAUUACAUCAGAAGACAAGAGCAGAAAAUGAGAUAUUACGUCAACAAGUGAAAAGUCUCAAAUCAUCCGUUGAAUUGUUGGUAAAAAAUCAGAACAUUGCGUCAGACCACAGACGAAGGGAUAGACUGGAGUAUGAACUCUUUAAUCGGACUGUGACUACCGAGCUCCAGGGACAAAGAGCUGGUUUGAAAGAAGUUAUUGCGUUACUAAGACGUCACGGUUCUAUACAACAGCUCUUAAGAACUGAUCAGGAAUUAACUGUGGAGUUGAUGAAGCAAAUGGUUGAGAAGUUUAUACCUCGGUUUGGUAAGUCCUGAUUGAUUUAAUACAAAUGUGGAUUUACAAAUGUUCAUUAUGUUUAUGUUAUGAUUUUGUGCUAUAUUUUAUGCAUUAUGCUUACGAUGUGGUUUUAGGGUUUCAUUUGUAGGAUUAUUUUUGUGUUCUGGUGUUUUGACACUUUCCAGCUUAUUGUUGAUUAUUUAGUGUGUUUGUGCUAGUUGGUUGUGGAUUUUAAAUAAUUUUGUGUUAAAAAUGGCCACAAAACGUUGUCUGGAGUCAGAUGAUAGUGAACAAAGUCCAGCAGUGAGAUUUAGGUGUGAUAAUGAUUCACAUCAUCAGCAAAGCACAACAGAAACUAUGCGUUAUUUAAUUCAAACAGUCGAAAAUAUGGAUAGACCUAAAUCUAGUACACAAGUAUUGCUAGAUUUGCUAAACACUGUACAAUCAGUGGUGGUAAAUCAAGAAGAAGAAACAGAUUUUGAUGUAGAUCAAUUUUUUAAUCCUCCUCUGACCAACAAUGCAUCUAAUGAUUCGUCAAACACCAAUUUUGAUGUAGAUCAAUUUUUUAAUUCUCCUCUGACCAACAAUGUGUCUAAUGAUUUGGCAAACACAGAUUUUGAUUUGGCAAACACAGAUUUUGAUGUAGACCAAUUUUUUAAUUCUCCUCUGACCAACGAUUUAUCUAAUGAUUUGGCAAACACAGAUUUUAAUGUAGACCCAUUUUUGAACUCUCCUCAGAUAGGUGAGGGGUCAAGUCCCCCCCAGUACCAUGCAUUUGAUCCAGCAGCACCAAACAUGGGUCUUACGCAGGGUGAAAUAGAUUCUCUUGUGAGAGAUGGCGGCAUUGUGCAUGAGUACACAGUGAUCCCCAGAGCUCGAUUCAACGGUUUGGAAAUUCAUAGGCUUAUAAAUCUGCGGCAGAUAUCUUCUACAGAUUUAGCUGUCUACAGUACAUUUUUACAUGACCUAUUGGCUGAAAUUGUUUCAUUUUCCAGAUUAUUAGCAGGUGAUGGGGGGGUUAUUAAUAUUACUUUGCGUGGGUCCAGUUUGACAUCUGAUGUUGAUGCUCUUUUGUCACCUCAAAAUAAUUACGAUCCAGAUCUCUUUAUUAAUCAGCUUGAAAAGAUAUUGCAAAGUAACUCUGAUGUAACUGUCGAUGAGGCUUUGGAUUUGAGAGUGUCGAUAGCAAUGUGUAAAAAUGGUGGUGCUCGUCGAAAGAUGCGUGACCUCUUACAUAACCAAGUAAUCAGUAAAAACAGGAUGAAUUUAUUCUGCCCAACAAACAUUACAAAUAAUCUAUGUUUUACAAUUUGUCUCGCUCAUUUUCUAAACCCAGAGAAACCACACACAGAGUUAGAGGCUGUAGCAGCAUCUAUACAGAAGUCAGCUGGUUUCACAGAUCAGCAUAAAAUAAGUUUUAAUGACAUUUCAUGUUUUGAGCGCAUGCUGAAUAUCAAAAUUGUUACUUUCCAUCGCCCAAAUGCAAGAAUGUUGGAGAAGUAUACAACCACGGACGACCCGCAUCCAAAAACUGUGUUUUUAUAUCUGCAUGAUUCGCAUUACUAUUUGAUAAAAAACCUAAAAGCGUUUUUAGGCGUGCCAUAUGUAUGUGUGUUUUGUUACCAAGGGUAUACUUGUCGCAGAGAUCACAAAUGCAAAUUUGUUUGUGAUGUGUGCAAUUACCCAGACUGUCACACACACCCCAAAAAGAUAAAACACUGUGGCGAUUGCUUGCGAUACUGUACAUCCGAUUAUUGUUUUGAAAUGCAUAAACAUCCCGCCCCUGGUGAGGAAUAUGCACAGUGCACUGUCACCAAAUUCUGCCCCCGAUGUAAUAGACGUUAUCACGUCAGUGGGGCCAAUCCGAAACCACAUAAAUGCGCAGCUGAACAUUGUGUCCAGUGUGGUGAGAGUUUGGUUACCGAUGGGGAGCAUCAGUGCUUUAUUCAACCGAUCAAACCAGAGAAACCAAAUGAUCGCUACAUUUUUUAUGACUUUGAAACAAGACAUGAAAAUAAUACCCACAUUGCAAAUUUUGUCUGUGCAGUCACGUUUAACGGUGAGGAAUUUGUGGCAGAGGGCCCAGAUUGUGUCGAACGUCUCAUUAAAAAGUUCAGACAGCCUUUUUAUAGUAAUUUCACAUGGAUUGCGCAUAAUGCGUCCGGAUUUGAUAAUUUUAUACUUUUGGAAUAUUUCACUAGAAUGGGGAUCACUCCUAAAAUUAUAAUGCAGGGCUGUCGGUUGAUUUUAAUGUAUGACAACGCAUUUAAACAGAGGUUUAUCGAUAGUUAUGCAUUCAUUCCUAUGCGUUUGGCCAAAACACCUGCCGCUUUUAAUCUGACUAACAGUGAGAAGGGAUAUUUCCCACAUCUGUUUAACCGUGCAGAAAAUGAUGACUACAUUGGCCCCUACCCAGAAAAACAUUUUUAUGGUUAUUCGACAAUGUCAACACAGGAGAUGUUGAAGUUUGAUGAUUGGUACAAUGGGCUCUCUGACGCAGUUUUUGAUUUUAAGAAGGAGCUAGAAAUGUACUGUAAGAGCGAUGUUUAUUUGCUACGAGAAGCGUGUAUGAAAUAUCGUAACGAGUUCAUCCUCUGCACUGAUCUGGACCCGUUUAAUUACACCACUCUCGCGGGUUGUGCAAUGGCUGUAUAUAAGACCCAUUUCCUACCAAAAGAUACAAUUGCGCUGACACAUGACAAGGCGUACACCAAUCAAAACAAAACAUAUUCAAAUGUUUCAAUUGAAUGGCUAGAAUAUUUGCAAAAAUCACACUCCAAUGGUAUUCAGCAUGCUCUAAACCAUGGUGAGGUAUCGUUUGGUAAAUAUUAUGUCGAUGGAUUUUAUGAUGAUGGCACUGUGAAAAAAGCAUUCGAAUUUCUCGGUUGUUUUUUUCAUGGAUGUGAACGUUGUUAUAACCCGAAUGAUUUAAAUCCCUUAUCAAAAGUGCCUUAUGGCGUCCUCAGAAGACAGGUUGAUGACAAGUUUGAAAUUUUGGAGCAUGCAUAUAAUCUUCAAAUUCAUUUUGUUUGGGAGUGUGAUUGGGUGCUUUCCAAACAGACUGAUGCUGAUGUGAUGGAUUUCAUGUCCACUUACACACACACAGAGAGGCUGAAACCACGCGAUGCACUUUUUGGAGGAAGAACGAAUGCCUACAAGGUGUACCACAAAGUCAGUGAGGGUGAACGCGUGUCUUACCUAGACUUCACUUCGCUCUAUCCGUUUGUUCAGGCGCGAAAAAGCUACCCCGUAGGUCAUCCACAAAUAAUUCUUAAGGAUUUUCAAAAUCUUGAAGAUUAUUAUGGUAUAAUAAAGGCAACCGUCGUGCCACCACGAAACCUGCUUCACCCCGUACUACCAUUCAGAUGCUCCGGAAAAUUAAUGUUUCCUCUUUGUCGACGUUGCGCUGAACAACAGAAUCAGACCACGCCGUGUACACACUCGGAUGAUGAAAGAGCUUUAACAGGCACAUGGGUCAGUAUAGAGCUUUUAAAAGCUGUUGAAAAAGGCUAUGUCGUAGUAAAACUGCAUGAGGUUUGGCAUUUUUCGCAAAGUUCAGAAACGUUAUUCUGCGAUUAUGUUAAAACUUUUUUGCAACUCAAACAGGAAAGUUCUGGAUUCCCAAAAAAUGUUGUGACAGAGAUGGAUAAAGAAUCUUAUGUCAGAGAAUACUUUGAAAAAGAAGGGAUUAGACUAAAUCAGGAUAAGAUUGAGGUUAAUCUUGCACGUAGGUCUAUAAACAAGCUACUUUUGAACUCUUUAUGGGGCCGCUUCUGUUUACGCCAGAAUCUGCCUCAUUCAGAAUUGAUUUCAGAGCCUGAACAGUUUGCCCAACACAUUUUUGGUCGGGGGUAUGAUAUUAAGUAUUUCACAUUUUUAUCCGACUCUGUUGCACUAGUUCAGUGGGCUUAUGCUGAAGGAAAAGGUGGUCAGAGUUGUGAUGUAAACGUCUUUAUCGGUGCUUUUACAACUGCGCAUGCCCGGUUAGAAUUGUAUGAUGUUAUGGAUAAACUGGGUGACAGAUUGCUUUACACAGAUAUGGACAGCCUUCUGUUCACAUCAAAAGAUGGUGAUUGGGAACCCCCGCUAGGGCCCUUUCUUGGCGAUCUUACGAAUGAACUUGAUUAUGAUGUUACAUUGUAGAGUUUUGUUCAAGUGGUCCAAAAAGUUAUGGCUUUAAAACGGCUAAUGGUAAGACAAGCAUGAAAGCCAAAGGUAUCACGUUAAAUUCUGUAAACUCUCAAAUCGUCAAAUUAGACUCACUGAUUGAGCUUGUUGGUCAGUAUGUGAGGGGGGAUGGUUGUGAUAAUUAUAUUCUUGCACAAACCGACGGUAUCGUAAGGAACAAAAAGCGAUUCACACUACAUAACAAGACAUUUGCAAAAAAAUUCAAAGUCGUUUACAACAAACGCGUUCUGCUACCUGACUUUACCACACUACCAUAUGGCUACUGACAACGUUUUUGGAUACCAAGGUGUGCGAGACACAGAUGGUUUUGAUUUCAGAUUACAAUUUCCAUUCAGUUGUGUUUUAUGUGGACCUUCUAACUCUGGAAAAACGUUUUUUGUAAAAAUGUUAUUAGAAAAUGCUAAAAGUGUGUUUUCUAAAAAGAUUGAAAAUAUAGUCUUCAUGUUUGACUGUUGGCAGGGUUUGUAUGAUGAAUUGUUGGCAUUGUAUGAUAUUAAAUUUAU